AUGUCAAUAAAACCCGCUAAUUCAACUUUAUCUGUAAGGCUACAUUUUGUCUGUCAGGAUUUUACAAUUUCCCAUCCCCAUCAUUGCUGCCGAAAAGACUUGAACCAAUUGUCUUCUCCACAAGAAAAUUCCAAUGCAAUUGCACACCUUAUUGGACUAAUCAAUCUGGGUACUCCCGUAUUCAAGUUGGAAUGUAUAAAUAUAUCAGCUAGAGAUGGUCAACAUGUGGUGCUUCUCCUUGAAAAUUCUUUGUGGGAAGCUACCACAGGGUUGUGUUCUUCUUUCUCGUUCCUUGCAGCUCCAAACAUGGCUUCUUCCACCCUCGUGAAGAGAUGGCUGAGGCCUGAGGCGUACCCAAUCUUUGCAGCAGUUGGCACAGUGGUUGGCAUUUGCAGCAUGCAACUCAUAAGGAAUAUCACUACCAAUCCUGAAGUGAGGGUUAAAAAGGAGAACAGAGCUGCAGGAGUGCUCGACAACUUUGCAGAGGGUGAGCGCUAUUCACAACAUAGCCUAAGGAAAUUCGUUCGUGGCAGGCGCCCUGAGAUUAUGCCAAACGUCAAUGGUUUCUUCUCAAAUCCAAAAUGAAGCUGAUGUUGAGAUUGUCUACCUUGCUUGGAGUUUGAUCCUCCAAAUAGCUUUUGGCCAUUGAUUCUGUUGGAAUUUAGGAAGUAGUGAAUCACCCUGUUAUGUUUUUCUUGGAUUGUUAAGUUGUUGAUGCUUGUUUUCAUCCCCAUUACAGAAAUAAGGUUUAUAUCUGCAAGUUGGUCCUGAGACUUGUGUUUGUUGCUUAUAACUGGUGCUUUUGCACUGACAUGAUCUGGUGAUUAAUGACGGAACAUUCAG